AGCGCACAUCACUAUCCAUGCUUGUUGUGAUUGAUUCAGUACUCCGAGAUUUUCAUUUGCCAGAGAAUUCGAUUUUUCUCUGCGACUGAGAAGCACGGUGCAAAGAUUUAUGGCAGUUGUGGUACUUUUUGACUUUCUAAUUAAUUUGGUUUAGUAGUGAUUUGUGCAUAACUGAAAAGUUAUAAAAAUGUCUCUGUUUGGAUCGUUAUUGGGAGACGUGGAAGAUGAGUUUUUUGGAUCGCAAAUGAGCCAUAUGCGGCACAUGAACAACAUGAUGAACUCGUUGCUGUCGGAUCCGUUCAGCAUGCUGGGUGGUGGCCCGCUGGCCAUUGGAGGGCCUCGCCAUGGCAACUCCAUGAUGCCCUUCAUGCCUCAGAUGCCGCCGCUGAAUAGACUCUUUGGAGGCGGUAAUUUUAUGAGCGGGCCAAUGGGCAUCGGCAGCUCAUUCAGCAGGAGCACCAUUGUCAUGUCCAGUGGACCCAACGGCCAACCACAGGUUAUCAGCUCCUCCAGCAGCACCAAGUAUGGCCCCAACGGGAUCAAGGAGACCCGCAACACUCUGCAGGAUUCGCGCACUGGCACCAAGAAGAUGUCUAUCGGUCACCACAUCGGUGAACGCGCGCACCUGAUUGAGCGCGAGCAAAAUUACUACUCUGGAGACGCUGAGGAGCGCCAGGAGUUCAUCAACAUUGAUGAGGAGGAGGCCGAGGAGUUUGAUAGAGAAUUCCAAACUAAGGCGGGAGCUGCUCAGAUGCGUUCUCGCGAGGCCAUCGCUGGUCGACGCUCGCCGCCGCGCCUCGCUCUGCCCGCGCCUCCCGUCCCCGCCUCCGCUUCGCCCCCAGGGCCGAGCGUGCGCGACGUGUACGGCACUGCGCAUCCCAAGCGCCAGCGACACAAACACCACAACCGACAUAGACACACCGACAACUGAACGCAACCGACAUGACAUACCAUACCGACACACGACACGACACGACACGAUCACCUUACCAUCUCCACUGCGGAAACAUCUUUAUUAAAACAUAUUUAGUGACUUCGCCAUCAAAUAGAUGUGUUUUUAUGUGUCGUGUAGUAUGUAACCGUUAAAUAUGACCAAUAUUAAUUUUGUCUUUUUA